UCACAACAAAACAACAAAGAAGAAGCAGCUUCAGGACAAACCGUGUCAGGGAAAAAAAACGCCAACCGUCGUGGCUCUUUAAAACGUGUGUGAUUCCUUGGAAUAAACAGAAUAAAACGGUUAGUUUAGGGAGCUUAAAGUGUCGAUUUAUUGUGGUUGAGUGUUGUUUUCCGCAAUGUUUGGCAAAGUUUUGUAAAGCAAGCGUGAAACGUCCACGAAAUUCGGCUAGAAUCGAUUCCACCGACAGCAGCAAAAUAAUGGCCAUGGAAGAACCGCACAACACGACUCCGAAGAAGAAAUCCUGCGGCCUGGAGAAUGAUUCAAUCUUCGGGACGAUCAAGAAGUUUACCGCUCCGGCCGGCAACAGUCCCAAGCUGCCGACCAUCAAGGACUUUUGCAUUUUGAAGCCCAUCAGCCGUGGUGCCUUCGGGAAGGUUUUUCUAGGUUACAAAAAGAACAAUGACCACGACAAGCUGUUUGCGAUCAAGGUGAUGCGCAAGUCGGACAUGAUCAACAAAAAUAUGAUUUCGCAGGUCAUAACGGAACGGAACGCGUUGGCCCUGUCCCGGAGUCCGUUCUGUGUGACGUUGUACUACUCGCUGCAGACCAUUUCGUCGGUGUUUCUCGUGAUGGAGUACAUGGUUGGGGGCGAUCUCAAGUCGCUGCUUGCCAUGUACGGCUUCUUCGAGGAGUCUGCCGCCCGGUUCUACACGGCCGAGAUCUGCCUGGCCCUGCAGUAUCUGCACAAGCACGGCAUCGUGCACCGUGACAUCAAACCGGACAACAUGCUGAUCUCGGCCACCGGCCACGUCAAGCUGACCGACUUUGGCCUUAGCCGGAUCGAGAUGCGUCGCGAUUUGGAGAUUUCCGACCUCAUCAACUGCUCCCCAAACUUGAACGCUCGAACCCCCGGCCAGCUGCUCUCCCUCACGUCCCAUCUGUCCUUCGGUUCGCACGAAAAGCGCCAACUCGAGCAACCCACCGACCAGCUGCACCAAUCCUCGGAGAACGACUCCGACUGUUCGUUCUCCAACUCCAAACAGAACGACAGCAAAAUGUCCGGCGUGAGUCCGUUCUUUUCGGCGGAACAGAACGGCAGCGUCAUCGAGGGUUUGCGGGAGGUUCGCGCGACGACGCCUCCAGCGGAAAAGACGGCCGAUAUGACGUCAUCGUAUUAUACGUGCAAUUCCAGCGUCGACGGCGGACGGAGCAGCAGCACCGGAAGCUACGAGUCGGUCGGCAAUGGGCAGGUGCAGGUCGUAGUGAGUGUCGCUGGAAGCAAUAAGGAAAAUUCGGACAGUAACAAUAAAGAGGCACGUGGGGAAAAGGCAGAGCAGCACUCGAAGAACUCGUUUGAUUUUCUACUGAUUCCGAGCCAAAAGUCCAAAACGCACAUCAGCAACGACUCGGGCGUCUCGAGCCGCAAGAGUGACAUCUCGCACAUUCCGGCAGAACUGUCCGCGAUCGAGAAGGCCGAGUGCUCGCACAGCAGCAACCGCCAGGACGACUACUCGUGUUCGGACUUUUCGCGAAGCUAUAGUAUGAGCAACAUCAACGAAUCGAACCACUCGAGACUUGACUAUCACUCGCCGAUUAAGAACGGAUCACGCUGCUUCAAACGACCGGAGUACUUUAGAGGUAUCAAGCGAAAGCGUCACCUGGUCAGUCGCGUAGACUCGCUGGCCUCGGAUCCGGACGGGAGUGCGACCAGCACCGGGUUGACGCAGGAAAUCGACGUGAUGGACAUUGGCAGCAGUACGCCGAAGAAGCGGAAAGCGACCUCGCCGAUCAAGGGUGUGCUAAAGGUGCGUUCCCUGUCGGACGAUGAGAUGCCCGUCAAUGAGAACCUGGGCACGGUCAUGUUCUCAACGCCAGUGUCUUCGCAGAAGAUUCGCCGCGAGGGUGGCCAGCUGGGCAAGCUCAAGAGUACGCGCUUUGCGCUGCCAUCGUCGAUCGAGCAGCCACGAAAGUCGCAAGCGUUCAUCAAGAUUGCCGACGAGUCGGUCAUGUCGCCGAUCUGCACGGGGAAAACCGUGACGAACGUGGAAAAUACUCCCAAAACAGUCAAAACCCCAUUCCGCACGCCGAAAUCGGUUCGACGAGCUCCGGCCGGGUCGGACGAACGAAUUCUCGGCACGCCCGAUUACCUCGCGCCGGAACUCCUGCUCCAGCAGGGUCACGGUCCGGCCGUUGACUGGUGGGCGCUCGGUGUCUGUCUGUACGAGUUCAUGACCGGCAUUCCGCCGUUCAAUGACGAAACACCCCAGAAGGUGUUUGAGAACAUCCUCAGCCGGAACAUCGAGUGGCCCCAGGACGACGAAUCUCUCUCGCCCGGAGCGGUCGAAGCCGUCGAGUCGAUCCUCGAAAUGGACCCCGCGAAACGACCCCAAGCCGAGCAGAUGAUGCAGAUGGCCUUCUUCGAGUCGAUCGACUGGACCGCCCUCGAGUCGGCCCCGCCCCCGUUCAUCCCGAAUCCGGACGACCCGCAGGACACCGGCUACUUUGAGGCGCGAAACGUGAUGCAACACCUUAAGUUGUCCAACUUUGAUAUGGAGUCCUAUUGAACAGAACAAAAUGCUUGUGACGAUGUGUAUUUUAGAACGAUUUUAGCGCCUAGUGUUUGUCGAAUGACACCGAUUUUAUUAUUAUUUGUAUUUUUUAAGCUGCGACUUUUCGCCGGUACUGUUAUAGCUCUAAAUGUAGGUUAUUUUUGUGAUAAAUAAAUGCUUGUUCAAAACUGAAA